UGCUUCUUCCUUUCUGAGGCCUGGGUCCUGCCCCCGGAGUCUGACUCAGGCGAGGUGGUCGGUGGGUGAGCACCUGCGGACAAUCAGCCCUCAGAGCUCCAUGUUCUAUGGAGAGAAAGAGAAAAAGUGCCACCCUGCCUCAAUUAACUGUUCCUACCCGGGAUCUGGGUCUCGGCGCGGGACUCAGGUGCCCGCUGCACCCCUGCUUGGGCGUUGCCCAGGAACCGCGCCGCCGCAGUGCAGCUCGGACCCCGGGCACCCGCGGGACGCGCUCCCGGCUUCCACCCCGCUCCCGGCUCCGCUCGGGCCGCGGGAUCCAGCACCGCCCGCGGCACCUAGGCUGCUGCCAUGGGGAAUCUACCAUCUGCUGCGAAGCACUGCCUCAACUACCAGCAGCUUCUCCGCGAGCAUCUCUGGAGCGGAGACUCAGUGGCAGGGGCGCUGGACCCGGCGCAGGAAGCAUCCCAGUUAUCUGGAUUCCCUGAAUAUGUGAAAAUAGUAGAAGUUGGACCUAGGGAUGGAUUGCAGAAUGAAAAGGUUAUAGUUCCUACAGAUAUAAAAAUUGAAUUCAUCAAUCAACUUUCCCAAACUGGCUUGUCUGUAAUAGAAGUAACCAGCUUUGUGUCUUCCAGAUGGGUACCACAGAUGGCUGACCAUGCUGAAGUGAUGGGAGGCAUUCAUCAGUAUCCAGGAGUUCGCUAUCCUGUCCUUGUACCUAAUCUUCAGGGUUUGCAGCAUGCUGUUGCCGCUGGGGCCACGGAGAUAGCAGUGUUUGGUGCUGCUUCAGAAUCUUUCAGCAAGAAGAACAUUAACUGCUCCAUCGAAGAAAGCAUGGGACGGUUUGAGCAAGUCAUCAGCUCUGCAAGACACAUGAACAUCCCAGUGCGAGGGUAUGUGUCCUGCGCCCUGGGCUGUCCCUAUGAAGGAAGCAUCACGCCACAGAAAGUCACAGAAGUUUCCAAGAGAUUGUACGGCAUGGGCUGCUAUGAGAUCUCUUUGGGAGACACAGUUGGGGUUGGUACUCCAGGUAGCAUGAAGACAAUGUUGGAAAGUGUCAUGAAAGAGAUCCCUCCGGGGGCUCUUGCUGUUCACUGCCAUGACACGUACGGACAAGCCCUCGCAAACAUCCUAACGGCUCUUCAGAUGGGAAUUAACGUGGUGGACUCGGCUGUAUCUGGAUUAGGUGGCUGCCCUUAUGCAAAAGGUGCUUCUGGGAAUGUAGCCACUGAGGACUUGAUAUAUAUGCUUAAUGGCAUGGGGCUCAAUACAGGUGUGGAUCUCCACAAAGUGAUGGAAGCUGGGGACUUUAUUUGCAAGGCAGUGAAUAAAACCACAAACUCUAAGGUUGCCCGAGCCUCCUUCAAAGCUCGUCUUGAAUGAGUUUAUGGUUUGAGAAAGAGAAGAGCCAUUCUAGCCCCAGUUCAUCACAGCAUCAUCAGUGCCAACUCAUUCUGAAGUGGAAGUAAAUAAAAAAGAGCUGGGAAAGGAGAUAUGCUUUGGAAAGAUUAUCAGUGGGUAGACCAUGAAUUCGGUGGAAGGCAAGACGAGGCAUUUGCUCAACUGCAAGCUGGGAAUUAACACCGGUGCACGUCCUUCUGGGGGUGGACAAGGCCUGCUCAUUUGCUCUUACAGAAAUCAUUAUAUUUUUUAGCUUAGUAGAGCUGAAAAUUGACUUCAGAUUUCUCUAAGUAUCAAGUGCUGUGUUAAUGCCUCCUCAAGCCACCUUACCGCAGGGUACACAUUGUUAGUGGUUUAUGAGCCUCGACACAAUGCAGAGUGUGUGGCCCUGAAGUUGUGUGUUUUUCCUCUGGAUCCCUGCUCUCCAAUUGCCAAGUUUGUUAAGUUAUGGACCAAGAGCCAAAGUUUCAUCUGACCCAACAUAAUUUUUAGCAAUAGAACUUUUAUAUUUCAAGUGCGUCUAACAUCUGUUAACUAUUUCAAUGACUUUACUGUGCUCCAAGUUGCUGUGGUCAAUGGCAAGACGCCACAUCCUGAAAGCACACCGUACCUCCCAUGUUUGUUCCAUGCGUUCAGUUUGCUGUGUUUUACAUUUAAUCAGUUGUAGAAAAAAGAGUCCGCAAUGUUAUUUAAAUAUGGAGAAACUCUAUGGUGUGAUUUUUAUUCUGGUGUCUGAGGGACAGUAAUGAUAGGAGGCUGAUGUAGACACUCUUGUCUAUUUCCAUAAUAUUUAGGUUACUUUUGAAUUGCCCAAGGAAAUACUAUUGUGAUUUUAAGAAUUUUAAUAUAAUUUUAACUGAUGAAAAGUCUGUUUUCCUUGACUUACUAUUCUCUCUAUCUGUUUGUUUUUAUUUGAUUUUAGAAUAUUUAUUUUGAAGUGGAAUGACAGAAAUAUUAUCUUUUGUGCCAGAAAGCAUUGUAAGGGAUAAUGAAAAUUAAUACAUUAAAGAUCAAGGCCUGGGGCUAUGGCUCAGUGGUCGAGAGCACUGGCCAUCCUUCUAGAGGGCAUAGACUUGAUUCCAAGCGCCCAUAUGAUGAUUCAAUAGCAUUUAUAACUCCAGUUUCAGGGAAUCUAAUAGCUUCUUCUGGCCUCUUCUUGACUAGUCAGGCAGGAAGGACACAGGCAUAUGUGCAGGUAAAUCAUCCAUUAACACAAAAUAGCAUAGACAUCCUAGAAAAUAGUAAAAAUAUUGAAAUGAAAAUAUUCUAGACAAUAAGGAUAUUGAUUAGAAGUACAAUAUCGUUAGAGGUAUAUGGUAGGAAAAAUUGGAAUGGAAACAUACAGUUUGACAAAGGAACCUAAAUUUCCAUAGAAGAAUCCGACUUGUCAGCUUGUAAUGGGUUCUUCAGGAGGGUCUGUUACCGCAUGCUUUCCUCUAGCGCACUGAAAGCAGUACUGUGCUUGGGGGCUCAGGUUGGAACAUGAAUGGCACAGAGGCAGUAAAGUGGCAUUUGAUUGUGGAGCUGCCUUAGUACCCCCUCCCUGAUCACCUCUCUUGACUUGUGUGCUGCCAGGCAUCGAAAUCAAAGGUUCUUUUUCCUCCAUUUUCUGAGGAAAUUGAUUUUUCCCUAUCAGAGAUGUGGAGUGUUCAGUUUUGAGAUAUUUGGGAAAACAUCUGUUUAUGCAGACUACUUGUAAAAACAGUGACCAGCAUUUUCGUUUGGAAAUGAAACUCAAAGUUCUUCCACAGACGGAGCAAAUAGAAACCUCAGAUAUAGUGCUGUACAGUUGCAUGGUGCCUACCUCCGCGUAUCAGCUAACUUUCAUGACUACCUUCAUAUUAUCUACUUACACUUGACACAAGCUAGUUUAUGUUUCUCUCUCUCUCUCUCUCUCUCUCUCUCUCUCUCUCUCUCUCUCUCUCUCUCUCUCUCCUCCCUAUGCUGUCUUAAUUUCUUAAGAAGAAUUUUCUCAACUGCCCGGGAAACCUUGCAGUCACUGCAGGACCCAUUGGAAAAAAACAAAGACAAAAAAC